GCUCAAGAACGUCCAACAACUUCAAGCCACAGAUGAGGCUUUUGCGGCUAUUCUUGACGAUGGCUCAGUUGUGGCAUGGGGAGAACUGAACUAUGGUGGUGACUGCAGCGCUGUUCAGGAGCAGCUCGUGAAUGUGCGUCAAAUUCAGGCCAACCGGUAUGCCUUUGCAGCAAUCUGCGGCGACCGAUCUGUCGUCACGUGGGGGAGCAAUACAAGCGGAGGUGACAGCAGCAGCGUUCAGGAUCAGCUCAAGGACGUGCAGGCGAUCCAAUCCUCAAGCCGUGCAUUCGUAGCCAUUCUGAGAGACGGAUCUGCUGUGGCGUGGGGCGCAUCCAGUUACGGCGGGGAUAGCUCCGAGGUCCAAGAUCA